UCUGAGCAAUGAGGCAGACGGAGAGACGCAGGUAGUCAAAUCACAUAUCCGUCAGCUUUACUCAGAAAUGAAUGAACGAGGUAAUCAAAUUUAAAUACACGGCAGCUAAAGGCACACUCAGAGAUGGUGCUUCAUUUUUAUGUUAGCACGUCUUUCAACUUUCAGAUUUUUUUGUGCAUAUGUUUUGCUUCUCUUGGAUAUGGAGAAAACGUCGAUAUUACUCCGAAAGCGACUGCUGUUUUUUCAUCUAAAUAUCCUCUUUGGAGCUCAACGGAUGACACUGCUGGAAAUGAAGCUGACGAAACCAAUCCGGAGUUUUUUACACUGAACUUCUCUCGCAUUAAGAUCCCGUUUGAGAUCACUUUAUGGGUGCUGCUGGCUUCCUUUGCCAAAAUAGGUUUCAAUGUCUACCAUAAGAUCACAGUCUGGGUGCCUGAGUCAUGUUUGCUGAUCUCCCUUGGAUUCAUAGUAGGAGGCGUCAUGCAUGCAGUGCGCAAGGAGCCGCCGGCAGUAGUCUCCUCCAAUGUCUUUUUCCUCUACAUGUUGCCACCCAUUAUUCUAGACUCUGGCUACUUUAUGCCCACUCGACCCUUCUUUGAAAACAUGGGCACGGUAAUGUGGUUUGCUGUGGUUGGCGCCUUGUGGAAUAUCAUGGGCGUCGGCAUCUCCCUAUUUGCCAUCUGCCAGAUCGAGGCGUUUGGUGUGCAGGACAUUAACCUGGAGGAGAACCUUCUGUUCGCCACCAUCCUCUCAGCUGUUGAACCGGUGGCUGUGCUCAGUGUGUUUGAGGACAUCAGCAUAAAUGAGCAGCUCUACAUCGUGAUGUUUGGAGAGUGUCUGUUCAAUGAUGCCGUCACUGUGGUGCUGUACAAUCUCUUCAAUCAUGUAGCAAUGAUGGAAGUGGAUGAACCUGCGGUCAUUUUAAGUGACAUUGGCGGAUUUUUUGUGGUGGGUUUGGGUGGGAUUUUUUUUGGCUUGCUGUUUGGGUUUUUGACAGCCUUGACCACACGGUUCACUGGAAAAGUGAGAGAGAUCGAGCCCCUGGUCAUCUUCAUGUUCAGUUAUAUGGCCUACCUGAUAGCUGAGCUCUUCGCCCUCUCCAGCAUCAUGGCUAUCUUAACCUGCACCUUGAGUAUGAAGUACUACGUUGAGGAGAAUGUGUCCCAGCGCUCAUGCACCACUAUUCGCCAUGUCAUCAAGAUGGCUGGAAGUGUGUCAGAAACACUAAUGUUCUUUUUUCUGGGUGUUGUUACAAUCACAAUGGACCACGAGUGGAACUGGGGCUACAUCCUCUUUACUCUGUUCUUUACUCUUUUUUGGAGGUUUCUGGGAGUCCUGGUCCUAACACUGAUCAUUAACCCUUUCCGCAAGAUUCCUUUCAACUUCCAAGAUCAGUUUGGCUUAGCCUAUGGUGGGCUGAGAGGAGCCCUGUCCUUUGCCUUGGCCUUCACUCUACCAAACAGCAUUGCUCACAAGAAGCUUUUCAUCACAGACACGAUUGCCGUCAUCAUCUUCACAGUUUUCAUUCAAGGAAUAACUAUAAGACCCCUUCUAAAGUUAAUGAAUAUCCGUAAGACGAAUUGGAACUUGGAGACCAUCAAUGUUGAGAUUCACAAAAGGUUAAUGGAGCACACAGUCGCCGGCAUAGAAGAUCUAUGUGGACAAUGGAGUCACUACCGCUGGAAAGACAUGUUCGUGAAGUUCAAUAACCGGUUCAUUCGCAAGAUUUUAAUCCGCGAUAAUCGUCCUGAAUCAAGUAUUGUGUCUCUGUAUAAGAAAUUGGAGCUUCGAAACGCCAUGGAGAUUCUGGACACAAUGUCUGGUGACAUCAGCGCAGCUCCCUCCUUAAUGUCAUUACAACUUUUAAGUGAUGGUUGUUCUUGAUCUGUUAUGGGAAGCAGACGGACAAGGAAGGUGAGUGAAUUAUUAACAAUGUUUAUUUGUAACACAUGAGCACAUCAGGAGAACGGAGGAGAAGUGAGUGGAGUCCGGUUGUGCGGAUGAUCCUUGGUGGCAGGCUGGAUGACUGAUACUGAGGGAGACCUAAUGCACACACCAGAGGGCUUGCGGGGAAGACAGACUGAUGACAAACACAAGGCAGACAGGACACAGGGAACACUGGACAAACUAGGAGAGACAGAGAGCAGAUAAGUACAAUAUACUGAUAUCGAGUGUUAGUGAUUACCAGGAGGUGUUCACUCAGAGUCCGCUUCGUAGGAACGAGACCGGACCCUGAGUGAAGUGAGGUGUGUGCUUAUAUAGUGACUAAGUGAUUGGGUGCAGCUGUGUGUGGUUAAUACUCAGGUGAUGGUGAUCUUUGCGUGAUGCUGGUGGAAGAGCCUGGCCAAUCCGUGACAUUACCCCCCUCCCCAGGGCCCGCUCCUGAGGGCCUAUACCUCCGACGCCGUGGUGGUCUACCACGUCCACGAGGUGCUGGAAACUCGGGGUGAUUGGAGUGGAACUCUUCCAUAAGUGCAGGAUCUAAUAUAUCUGAUCUGGGGACCCAAGAUCUCUCCUCCGGACCGUAUCCCUCCCAGUCGACAAGAUAUUCCAGCUGACCACCACGACGUCGGGACCGUAGAAGGUCCUUGAUCUUAUAAAUGGAUCCGACUUCCGACAUCAGGGGGGGAGGAGGUUCCUCUUCAUGGCCAGGCUCUGUGGAAGGAAUCAGAGGGUCGUGAAAGGGUUUGAGGAGUGAAACAUGGAAUGUGGGGUGGAUCCUAUAUUGUGGUGGUAACUGUAACUUAAAUGUGACGGGGUUGACCUGCUCCAGGAUGGUGAAGGGACCAACAAAUCUGGGACUAAGUUUUCGGGAGGGCAGUCGCAAGCGGAUGUCUCUGGUGGAGAGCCAAACUUUCUGCCCCGGCGCAUAGCUUGGACCUGGGAUCCUCCUCUUGUCGGAGACCUCCUUGGCUCUGCGAACUGCCCUCUGGAGAUGGUGAUGAGCAUCGUCCCAGACCCUCUCGCUCUCCCGGAACCAGUAAUCCACUGCGGGGACAUCAGAAGGUUCGCCAUCCCAGGGAAAGAGUGGAGGUUGGAAGCCCAGAAUACACUGGAAUGGCGUAAGUCCGGUGGUAGGUUGCCGCAGGGAAUUCUGGGCGUAUUCCGCCCAGCCCAGAAACUGGCUCCAGGAGUUUUGAUGACCGUGACAGAAUGUUCUGAGGAACCGCCCCACUUCUUGGAUUUUCCUCUCUGUCUGGCCGUUGGUCUGUGGAUGAUAGCCAGACGAGAGGCUGACGGUCACACCUAGGAGUCUGAAGAAGGCUUUCCAUAGUCUGGAGAUGAACUGGGGUCCUCUGUCCGAGACUAUGUCCUCAGGUAAUCCAAAGCAUCGGAAGACAUGGUUGAAUAGGGUUUCGGCGGUUUCCAGGGCUGUGGGCAGACCCUUCAAGGGAAUCAGACGGCAGAAUUUGGAAAAAUCGAUCGACAAUGACUAAAAUGCAGGUAUUACCUCCAGAUGAUGGGAGAUCUGUCAUGAAGUCAACUCCUAGGUGUGACCAGGGGCGGUUUGGGAUGGGCAAGGGAUGGAGUUUACCUGCAGGUAGAUGGCGAGGACUCUUCGACAUAGCGCACUCUCUACAGCCUUGAACGUAUCUCCUCACAUCCCUCGCCAUGUGCGGCCACCAAAAGCGUUGGGAUAGCAGCGAGAGGGUGUUGUUGGUCCCGGGAUGUCCUGUGCCCAAAGAUGUAUGGGUGGAAUGGAUCAGAUCUACCCGUUGGUUUUCAGGAAUGAAGCGACGAUUGGGGGGACAGCCCGGCGGAGUCCUGGAUUCGGGAGUGGCGACGACUGUAGGAGCGGACCAGGUGAUGGGACAGACCGUGAUCUGUUCUGGGAGGAUUCUGGCUGGGGUCUCCAUGAUUUCCGGCUGAUCAUAAAUACGGGAAAGUGCGUCCGCUCUGAUGUUCUUUGACCCAGGUCGGUAAGAUAUGGAGAAUUGGAAUCGGGAGAAGAACAGGGACCAUCGGGCCUGACGAGGACAGAGUCUUUUGGCUUCUUUGAGGUACUGAAGAUUCUUAUGGUCUGUAAUCACCUGGAAAGGAUGUUUAGCUCCCUCCAGCCAGUGUCGCCAUUCUUCCAGGGCAAGCUUGAUAGCUAAUAGCUCCCGAUUUCCGAUGUCAUAGUUUCUCUCCGCCGGGCUGAGCUUCCUUGAGAAAUAGGCGCAUGGAUGGAGUAAUGC